AUGUCAUCCUCACUCUCACUAUAUUCUACUUUGACGUUGACAUAUAUAACAAUUACAAAUAUUUCAUUUCAUUCCCGGAAUACACUUUACGCUGAAAAGACGUAAAGUUUUUUCAAAUAUUAUUUACGUUUUUAAUAAAAUAAUCCAAUUGUGCUGUUUUUUAAAGUAAGCGAAAAUGUUAAUAAGUAGUGCACGUGAUAUAGAUUAAUAUUAAGUGCCAAAAAUAUAUUCAAAGUGUACGAAACGUGGGUGAAUAAAGUUGUUUGGAUUCGUGAUUUAUUUAUACUGUAAAACGUAAAUUAAUAGAAACCAAAAUGUGUGUGAAGUCAGAGGGUGUGAGGAGUGGGCUCUUCUUGGGCUUCGGCUCCUUGCUGUUGGUGUCAGGCGCCGUCAUGGUCGUAUUCUGGCCAGCCAUCUUCGACAGCCAGUUACAAAGGAUGAUGAUUCUUGCACCAGAUUCAAUGUCAUUCAGCAUAUGGAGGGAAACACCCAUACCUAUGUACUUGGAGAUUUUCUUCUUCAACAUUAGCAACGUAAAUGAAAUAUUAAGUGGGAAGGCAGAAAAAAUUAAAGUUGUGGAAAUGGGACCUUAUGUGUUUCAAGAAUCUCAUACUAAGGUAAACUUGACGUGGAACGACAACAGCACCCUCACGUUCUACAACCAGCGUUUCUGGCAUUUCAAACCUGAAAUGUCGGUGGGGUCCAUCGGUGAUAACAUCACCAGCAUCAAUCCUGUCAUUGCGACUGUAGCGUACAUGAUGAGGAAGCAGCGGCUUCCAUUGAAGGUGUCCGUGGACGUGUUCCUAAAGAUGUUCCACUCGAACAUGUUUUUGACGGCCAAUGUCACGUCCUGGCUCUUUGAUGGCAUAGAAGACCGAGUCUUGGACAUCGCGCUGAAUAUCCCUGGGCUGCCCUUCGUCAUUCCUUAUGAUAAAUUUGGAUGGUUUUAUGAGCGCAACGGCUCCUUAGAGUUUGACGGUUCGUUCAACAUAAAUACAGGAGCCAGUGACUUCUCCCAGCUUGGAAACGUGCAGGAGUGGAGAUACGCCAAUAGGACUGACUACAGAGACGUAUGUGGCGAAGUGAAGGGGUCCACAGGAGAGCUCUGGGCACCGGAGUAUGGACAACCAGAGCUAAAUGUUUUUGCUUCUGAUAUUUGCACUUACCUAACUCUCGCAAAAGACCGGGAUGUACAAGUGCAAGGUAUCGACGGGGUGCAGUAUGCAGCUAAUGACUCAGUCUUUGACAACGGAUACAAAUAUCCGCAUAUGGCAUGUUAUUGUGACACGGUAAGGGACGCAGAGUGCCUGCCAGCUGGAGCCCUGAACGUGUCGGACUGUCGGUUCGGAGCCCCGGCCUUCGUCUCCCUGCCACACUUCCUCCACGCCGACCCCAUUUACGCCUCUAAAAUCGAUGGCUUGAAUGCCACUGAAGACAUGAACUUCAGACUAGCGCUGGAGAUGUAUACGGGGAUGCCGCUGUCUGUAGCCGCGCAGUUGCAGAUCAACUUGCUCGUGCGCCGAGUUAGUGGGAUCACUAUAAACAACGUGCUGCCGGACCCGGACACGAUGGUGCCGAUGUUCAGGUUCCGGCAGGAGACCGGCACGACGCCGGAGUACGCCGCCAUGGCGCGCUCCGCGCUGCGACUGCGCUACUGGGUGCCUUACGGACUCUAUGUGCUCACUGCAAUCGGAGUAGCUCUACUCAUAGCAGGUAUUGCCGUACUAGUUAGAAAACUAAUGAAAUCGCCCGACACUGCGCCGCUUAUAAACUCACAGAAUUCUCAGUCCACUGAAACUUUAGAAUCCUAGUGACACACAGACAAAGAGACAGUGAUAGUGAAUGUUAAGUAAGUGAAACUAGUGAUGAGUUUUGUACAGAAUAAAAGACGCGCGAUUUUAUAUGUAUGUAUGCGGAUUUUUGGAGAAUAGCAUAGUUAUACUCUAAUGUUCUUAGUGAUCCUAAAACGACUACAGCGCCACCCAAUGUGAGCGUUUUCCUUGACGUAGCUUGUAUCUGACAACGACUUUCAAUGAUCAAUUUGUUUAAUGACUUUUAUAUUUUGACUUCGACUAAUAAAAUCCGAUUUCAGUUUUAUAGCUAUUUAAUCGUAAAAAUAUGGAAUUGAAUUUAAAAAAAUCCAUUUUUAAGUCCAUUUAUAGUGAGGUAAAUUUUGCUUGCAAAUGACUUAACCUUAUAUUAUCAUGUAUAUAAAACUCUAAUAAUUACAUUUAACAUAUUACCUAUAAAAUGUUUAAUUACGCAAUAAUAUUUCAAAAUAAAUAAAAAAAGUCCAGUUAGCACCGGGAACACGGUUCAAGUUCGUGGCUCUAGACACCUCACAAUACGCCCUUUUAAAGACCGUUUUCUUUCUUAACGUUGCUGUC